AUGAAUUCGAAUAGUGUAGUUUUAAUCCAAAUAUUCGGUGAUUUAAUCUAUUUAAUUGAUGCUUAUCUUUACCUUGAAUGUUGGCAACGAGAUAAAAUUGAAUUCGAUGUUAAUACAGAACAACAAAGUUUAAAUAAUUUUUAUUUAGAAAAACUUCAUUAUGAUACGGAUACGAAAAGUAAUGAGAAUAAAUAAAAUAAAAUCUUAUUAACCAAUCAAUAAAAAAUAUACUAAUGAAAAAUAUUU